ACACACACACACACACACACUGAGGGAGCGAGGAGGUGGCCGCGGUGCUGAAAAGGCUCCUGGGACUGCAGGUGCUGUGUGACAUGACGGGGAACUAGAGAAGCGAGGACCAUUUCACCGCCUCGGACAAGAUCCCGCUCCGGCUGAUCCGGAUUAUGACUGAGACCAGAUCCCGGACGACAGAACCCGCGGGACUGUUCGUGUAAACCGGACUUUACGGAGCGUCAGUGCUGAGUCAGCUUGACUGACAGAUAUUUGUUGUACUUUGUUGUGCUCUCUUCCUGUUUGUGUUGUGCUUCCAGUGCAGCUCUGACCUGAUUAUCAGGUUAUUGAUCUGCUGUCUAUCACCGGCCGUGCGGACCGCUCCUGCUCUAAUCCUCCGCUUCUCCUGCUCGGCUGCUGUAAAUGGAACUUUGGUUUUUGUGGGUCCGUUGUGUUUGUGCGACGCCUGAAUAGUUUGGCUGUGUGCGUUACUUGGUUCCUUUCAUAAGCUGUCGGAGGAUUGUUGGGGUUUUAUCAGACCGGGGACUCAGAGUAAUCCCAGACCUGCUGACUACACAGGCACCAUGAUCAGCUCGGAGGGCCUGCGGCCGUCCACGAACGGCAGGAAGCCCCUGGGCAAGCUCGCCUCCCGGCUGGAGGAGGUGAAGAACCCGUGGAGGCAGGGGUCCACGCUGGAGCUGAGCCAUAACGAGGCGGCCCGGCUGGCGACGGACGCCCUGCUGGAGCUCGGGGAGAAGGAGUACCGCAGGGUCCUGGCCGAGGAGCGGGAGCUCAACUUCCUCUCCCCGCCGGAGAUCCGCUACAUCACCCAGAAUGCGGCCAAAACAUGCGGCUCCGAGAGCAACGGCAUCGGCCCCAACGACCGGGACUUCGGGGACGGAGACGCCGUGUCCGAGCUCACCUCCGGGACCUACUUCCCUAUGAUGUCGGACGAAGAGCCGCCGAUCCUGGAGCUUGGCUGGCCGGAGUCCCCGGUGAGAUACGGACCGUCAGAGACGCAGAUCUACUUCCAGAGGGACAAGUCUCAUAAUGUCAAAGACCUGAUCAGGUCCCUGAUCAACAAAGCCAAAAAGGUGAUAGCGCUGGUGAUGGACGUGUUCACAGACGUGGACCUGCUGUGCGAUCUGAUGGAGGCGUCCAACAAGCGCAGGGUCCCCAUCUACAUCCUGCUGGACGAGAAGAACCUCAGCUACUUCACAGACAUGUGCUCCGCACUCGACAUUCAGAACACACACCUGAGCAACAUGCGUAUUCGCAGUGUGUGUGGCGACACUUACUGCACCAAGAGCGGCAAGAAAUUCACCGGACAGGUCCUGGAGAAGUUUAUGAUCAUCGACUGUGAAGAGGUCAUCGCGGGGUCAUACAGUUUCACCUGGCUGUCGGCUCAGGUGCACAGCAACAUGGUGAUGCAUUUCUCAGGACGCAUCACCGACAGCUUCGACCGGGAGUUUCGCUGUCUGUACGCCGACUCGCAGAUCAUCGACUGCUUCUACAACCCAGAGGAGGAGGGGAUGCCCUACUUCCCAUCCUACCAAGCCAUGAUGGGCCUGGGUAUGGGCAUGGGGCACAGCCCGGUCACGGGGCUGGAUUUACUCGCUGACAGCAGGCAGAGGGACAGGGUGUGCUCUGAAAACUCCAGCAGCCAAUCGAGUAACAGCGUCUCCAGCGUGAAGGCUGCACCUGGGAUGACCUCUAACGCCUACAAGGUCACUCAAAGUCACGACAAGAAGGAACCCAACAACAGUUCUCACCUCAGCCCUGAGAGGAGAGGUGGGGAACCAGCCGGAGGACUUACCCCGACACCAGGGCCACGGGUUUCUGCUAAUGGAGCGACCAAUCACAUGCCACUUCCUGAGCGACCAUCGCCGAACUACGGUCAGCCAAUGGGCAUCGAGUGGAACAAGCCUAACCCGGCGGACGUCAUGAGGCCAAACAUCGGUGGCACCUCCUCCAAGUUCCAGGCGUUGGGGUUGUACGACCACAAACCGAGCAUGUUUCACGGCACCCCCAACUCAAACCUGAACCCCAAGACCCAGACGCCUUCCCCGGCCAAUGACACCAAACUCGUCUCCAAGCAGAGGACUUCCUCCAACCAGUUCCUCAACAAGCUCUCAGACCUCUUCCUGCCGCCCUCUGGCAAAGACAAAGACACCUACAACUUCCGGAGGUCGCCGUCCCCUCUCAGCUCCUCGCCCUGGGGAGGGCCAGACCUCUGUCAGACUGAGCCGGAGAGCCAGCAGAGCCCGCCUCCCCCGCCCUCACCGGGCGUGUUGAUGAGCCGGCAGGACCAGAAGCGCAUGACGUUGGGCCACAGCAAACUGGACCUGGUGAACCAAUACAACAAAAUGAAAUCCAAGCAGGUGUACAGCCGCUUUGAGCUCAAGAGCACAAACUAAACGGACGAGCUCAGACUGAUUUAUCAGACUAAAUGUUUAACUUCCUCCUCGUCUGUGUUCCUGUGGCGUCUCUUUUUACAUUAUUACAGCUCGUCACUCGUCCACGGAAACUUUUCUCCAUGAGAAGUUUUCCUCUGUGAUUCUUGAAACCACACUGCCUCUUUUAAGUGCAGACUCGACUCGUUGUGAGGUUGCAGUUCACAAAACACAGGAAUAACAUAUGUUAACAUUUAUUAAAAUUAUACAUUGAAAUCUGUGAAAAUCAUCAGUUUAUCCAUUUUUCAACAAGUUCUACCUGAACCAUCGUGUUUUCAAAAAUAAAAACAAGGUUGUAGCUAAAAGUAGUUUUACAUAAACACAAAUGACCAUGUGUUAAAAUGACGGCUGCAGCUGAGAUGGAAGCAUGAAGCCUUUAACUUAUUGCAAAAUAAGAUUCAUGUCAAAAUCAGCUUUGAUUUUCUUGAUUUUCACUUUUAUAUUUGAUUUGAUACAAACAGAAAAACAAAGGAAAUGAACUAGACAGUAGAGAGCACUUGGAAUUAGUUAAUAUGUGUUUAGACAGUGAUUUUAAUGCAGCGCUCUUCCUUUUCUCUUUCUUUCUUUCUUUCUUUCGGUUUUAAAGGUUUUGUUUAAAUUUGAAUGUUGCUGUAACACUUCUGCAUUAUAAUGUAUCACAACAUGUGCCUUGAUCAUCCUGCCUUAAAGUUUACAGUCACAGUUUAGCCUUUGUUCAGAGAACAAAUCUUGUUGUAAAUAGCAGCAGAAGCAGCGCGGCUGUUUCCCUCCUGCUUAGCUGCAUCACAGUUCUGGGAAAUUAGGUGUAAAUGUGGAAACUGAAGCUUUGCUGCAUUUUGAGGCCAUGCAGGUGGAAAACAUUGUUCUCAGCAGAAACGACAGGGGAAGCAGCAGAUGGGAAAAAUAAGACAGCUGUGAGAAGAUGCUGUUUGUCUCUGUUUAAAGAAUCUGUGUGCACAUUCUGCUGUUCUCUUAUGAUUAGCUUCUUUAUUACAGGGUUAAAACCUCGCACUCCACAUUUUUUUAAAAUAACAGCAUUUUCUGUAGAUUUGUAUAUAGACUGUUAACCCAGUUAGAUACUACAGUUCAUUAUAACUGUAUUGUUUCCAUAUGUUUUAUUUUUUGGGGACGUAUUGUGCCGAUGCAUGUUGGUCUUUGAAGUCUUUCAUCACUCAGCACUACAGGACUCCUCCUCAGUGCAGAGCAGCAGUAUGAACACUGACUUUAUACUGAUCAGCUGUUUUGAUAUGUGUUUCCAUUUUGUGUGUUUGUGUUUACUGCUCAUUUCACUUUUUGUCAUUACUGCCAGCUGAAUCAGCCAGACCUGGAUUCAUGUGAGUAAUGUACAUUGUGUUGUAUAUAGUCCAUGAACUGACUGUCAGGACUCUGGGUUUCUGUUAAAGACACAAUUCUUCAGCUGAUUUGUUUAUGUAAUUUUAUUUUUACAAUAUGUUUAUGUACUGGAGAAUGUGAACUUUCUGUGUUGGUCUUCAUUCGUAAGAUUAACAUUUAAGGAUUUAAUAAAAUGACAAAGUUGGAGUUAGAA